AUGAAGUACGCCGACGAUGCUGAGCGCGAGAAGGCCAAGUACGCUUUCGACUCCAUCUGGACCAGGUACCAACACGCCAGGACCAACUCUGAGGGCGGCACCGUCUGGACCGAGGCCCAAUGCACUGGAGCCACUGGUUACAUUGGGGGCGACUUCUUGUACCUCGCCUACCCAAAACAUCCAGAGUGGGAGUUUUCUCGCCUGGUGAGGAACACGACGAAGGGCGCCAAAGUCGCCCCGACAUUCCCCAAGGUCCGGCUGGUGUACGUUGACCUCGAUGCCGUCAGUCUCAUAGAGGACGAGGCGGCCCAGGCUGACGUGGUCUACCAUUUUGCCAAUGCCGAUCACGCCCCUUCGGCGACAGCGAUCUCGAAAAUGUUACGAACCGACCAUAUGGGAGGCCAAGGGAGAAACAAGGAGGAAGGUUAA